AAUGAUGUAGAGGAUAAGAGAAUCCUAGUAGCAUUGUGUCUUAUAUACGGCUAACAUAAUUAAAAAAGAAAAAUUCAAAAAAAAGUAAGAAUUUUCCGCCAUUAACAACGCAGAGAAAGAAAAGCGGUGAGAAAGAAGAAGAAGAGCCUCUUCUCGUGAUUUUAUCUCUCUUCCUUUCUCUCUCUAGAAAAAAACACACUUUUAUUUACUGAUCCACACCAUCUCUCUCGUGCCCUAACCCUAACUCCACCUAACCCCUAAACCUUUCUUCUUCUUCAACAAAGCCGCCUCAUCUCUUCUUCACUCCAACUCUUUGCUUUCGUUAAUGGCUCUGAUUGCGUUUCAGGUUUUGAACGCGUCAUUUUGAAGCUAGUGAAGGGUUUACAACGGGUCAUUCAACUCAAGAAAUCAGUAAUGAUCGGAGAGAAUUUCAAAGGGUAUCUUUCUGUGUUACUUUACCUCCGAAAUUCAUCUUCAGAAAUGGGUUAAAGUGAUCUUGAAACGAGAUAGCAUUUGUUUUUUUAGCAUUUUAGUGAAUGUUGUGAGGAUGGAUGCUUUGCCUAGUACUUGUGAAAUUGUUGAAUCAACCAACGAAUUACGUUUUGAUUCAAAAAAGGAUGGGAAUGCUGGAAAGCAUUCUUUUAUAAAAUCAGCUAAUAGGUAUUCUAUAGAGGAUGAUAUCAAUUGCCUAUUUCAAGCCAUUGACAUCAGAACUUCAGCUAAGGGUUUUGGGCUAAGCCCUGGAAGUAGUAGAGAUGGUUUAAGGAAGAAGGCAAUGAAAAGACCAAUCAGAGUUGGCUCACCACAAAUGUCAGGAAUUGGAAUUUCUGAGCCUGCAAGUUUAAAGCAGGCAUUGAGGGGUUUAUGUAUCUCUCAGGCAUCAGAUAUGGCUGCUAUGAAGCGUUUAUCAAAACCGGUAAGUUCAUCAAGGUCCUCAGAGGCAGGAACUAUCAAAAGGAUGUACAGAGCAGUUAUAAUUGAGGCCAGUGGAUCUGGCGUCCCCUUGAAUGAAGGUAAUGGUAACUUGAUGGAAAUAUCCAUUGUACCAGAAAUAGUAGCAUCAAAUUCCUUAGACAAAUGCGAGACAUCAGAAAUGGACAAGUCACAAGUUUCAUAUCAAAAUGCUCAUCCUUCUCAAGAUAAAGAUGUUCCUUUGAAUACAACAUGUAGUGCUAAAACACCCAAAGCAGAAACCACCAAGCUUCAGUCUUCAGACUUCCCGUCUACCAGUCAUGAUGGUGAGGAACUACCAGAGGCUGAUGCAAAAAGUGUGACCUCAGUUAAAGUUUUCUCCAAACCUCCACUGCCGGAGAGGCAGAAAAGUCAUGUACAUCCAACUUCUUUACCAUCUAAUUGCAGCCCUUCUAGUGCGAUGAACAGCGCUGCAUGUAAUAGUCCACGUAUUAUGAAGCCAAUCUUCAGGAACAAGAGCCUUAUGAAGAAGAAAAUAAAGCAGGACAUGGCUUCUGUCUCUAGCAUUUCCGGUUCAUGUAUAGGACAAGUCAGUAGUGAUCUUGAUCCUAGUACAAGUAAUUCAGAUUCUUGUGAAAGUACUGCAGAGACUGGGAAGCACAAAACUGUGAAAUUGUCUUCAGCAUCUAGUGUUGUGAAUCAUAUUAUUGAAUACAAUUUGGGCAUUGAGGAGACAAUUUCAAGCAAACUCGAUUCAAGUAAUUCAGAAAACAGAAUUAAGUCUGUGUUGGCAAAAGUUGAUGAAAGAUCAAGAUCAAGAGAAAAGAGUGAAUUCUCCCAAAGUUCAAAAAGUAGCAUCGGUGAUUACAGUAGUAGCACUAGUGGCAGUGAAGAGAGUAAUCUAAGUGGAUCGAGUCGUUCAGGCACUAGGCCGCAUAUGUCUAGGGACUUGAGGUGGGAAGCCAUACGUCAAGUUCAGAGGCAGCACGGAAAAUUAGGUCUGAAGCAUUUCAAGCUCAUCAAGAAGCUUGGCUGUGGCGACAUUGGGUCUGUUUAUCUUGCUGAGCUAACUGGUACUAAUUGUUUGUUUGCUUUAAAAGUGAUGGACAAUGAAUUUUUGGCGAGCAAGAAGAAGAUGUCUAGGGCUGCAACUGAAAGAGAGAUUUUGCAAAUGCUGGAUCAUCCUUUCCUCCCCACAUUGUAUGCCCAUUUUGUAUCUGAUAAAUUUUCAUGCCUGGUUAUGGAGCACUGUCCUGGCGGAGAUCUACAUGUGCUGCGGCAGAAGCAACCUAGCAAAAGUUUCUCUGAACAAGCAGCAAGGUUUUAUGUUGCUGAAGUCCUUCUUGCGCUUGAGUACUUGCACAUGCUUGGAGUUGUUUAUCGUGAUUUAAAACCCGAAAAUAUCCUUGUCCGAGAAGAUGGGCACAUAAUGCUCUCAGAUUUUGACUUGUCACUGAGGUGUGCUUUUGCUAAUCCAGUUCUGGUUCAGUCAUCUUCACCAGUUGAAGAGCCUGCUAAAAAUAGGUCAAGCCCAUGCUCUGAAAGUAGCUGCAUUGACCCGUUCUGCGUCCAUCCAGCCUGGCAAGUUUCAUGUUUCACCCCUCGACUUUUAUCGGUUUCUACAAAUUCUCGCAAGUUAAAAACUGACGUAGCUGUUCUAGUCAGCCCACUCCCACAGCUCGUAGUGGAGCCAACUAAUGCACGAUCUAACUCCUUUGUCGGAACUCAUGAAUACCUUGCUCCGGAGAUCAUCAAAGGCGAUGGUCAUGGCAGCGCUGUCGAUUGGUGGACAUUUGGAAUUUUCCUGUUCGAGCUGUUAUACGGUAAGACGCCAUUCAAAGGGUCAGGAAAUGAUGAAACCCUAUCCAAUGUCGUUUCACGAAGCCUCAAGUUUCCGAGUAGUCCUAUAGUCAGUUUUCACGCCCGUAAUUUGAUGCGAGGAUUACUGAUAAAAGAACCCGAAAAUCGACUGGGAUCCGCAAAAGGAGCUGCAGAGAUCAAACAGCACGCCUUCUUCGAAGGCCUGAACUGGGCACUGAUCCGGUGUGCAAUACCACCGGAGAUGCCUAAAUUUUCUCCUUCCACGUUUCCUCAGAACAAAGACAGCACGAAAAGUAAGGAAGAGCAUACAAAUUUUGAGAUGUUUUAGAUUGAGAAAGGAAGAUGAUCGAUUUUCUUUUCUCUGAGUUGUUGUAACUGAUAUGUAUUUAUAGCAUAUAAUGUAUGUAAAAAUGUAUUUCUGAAAAAUGGCGGCUAUGGAAGGAAUAUGUAUGAGAUUUCUAUGUA